AAAGUUUAUAACAAUUGUUAAAAAAUAAAUAUAUUUUUUUUUCAAAAUUACAAAAAGAUUUUUAAAAGUUUUUUCAAUAACUUUAAUGAUGCGUCCACCAUUGCAUUUUAUAAUUCAUCACGAUAGACCAAAUAUAGUCGUAAAUAAUCAAAACGAACAGCGUAAAUUAAACCUCUAAAAGUUGCAUUUGUAUAUUUUAUUUUAUAGAUUGAAUUGUGUUUACUUUGCAUGCCUCGAAAAUUUUAUAAAAUUAUUAAAACUUUGAUAAAACUUUGUAAAUUUUAUUAAAAUUUUUAGAUAAAAUGGUUUUGUCCUUGGACUCAACUCCUAAGUCGAGUUUUGCUGGGUUGGAUCCCCCUGAUCUGGCGUAUCUCAACAGGGAGGAUACACUGAAGCAGCUGGACUACUAUUAUGGAUUGAUAAAACGUUAUUAUUUGAAAUGUAACAGGGAGGAUAUGCUGAAGCAGCUGGACUACUAUUAUGGAUUGAGUAAACGUUAUUAUUACAAAUGUACUAGGGAGGAUAUGAUGAAGCAGCAGGACUACUAUUAUGGAUUGAUAAAACGUUAUUAUUUAAAAUGUACCAGGGAGGAUACACUGAAGCAGCUGAACUACACAUAUGGAUUGAUAACACGUUAUUAUUUGAAAUGGACCAGGGAGGAUACACUGAAGCAGCAGGACUACUAUUAUGGAUUAAUAAAACGUUAUUAUUUGAAAUGUACCAGGUAGGAUACACUGAAGCAGCUCGACUACUAUUAUGGAUUGAUUAAACGUUAUUAUUUGAAA